AAAUUCCUCUAAGGUCUCUGAAUUCACACUAUUAUCGUCAUUAACAGUGUCGUUCUCGUCGGGUUUGAUGCUUAUUCUCUGUCUGUCGACGACUUAAAUAUCACUCUGGACCGUUUGAAUGGACAAAUAAGGGGUACCAGCGUGCGCUCGGACACCGCCGCCAUGGACAUCACCAGCCGCUGCACUCUGGGUGACCCCAACAAGCUGCCGGAGGGCGUGCCGCAGCCCGCCCGCAUGCCCUAUGUCUCAGACAAGCACCCGCGUCAGACGCUGGAGGUCAUCAACCUGCUGCGAAAGCACCGGGAGCUGUGUGACGUGGUGCUGGUGGUGGGGGCCAAGAAGAUCUAUGCGCAUCGUGUCAUCUUGUCUGCCUGCAGCCCCUACUUCAGGGCCAUGUUUACUGGAGAGCUGGCUGAGAGCCGGCAGACUGAAGUGGUCAUCCGUGACAUUGACGAGCGUGCCAUGGAGCUGCUCAUCGACUUUGCCUACACCUCACAGGUGACCGUGGAGGAGGGUAACGUACAGACCCUACUGCCCGCUGCCUGCCUGCUUCAGCUGGCUGAGAUUCAGGAGGCCUGCUGCGAGUUCCUCAAGCGCCAGCUCGACCCCUCCAACUGCUUGGGCAUCCGGGCCUUUGCCGACACACACUCCUGCCGAGAGCUGCUGCGCAUUGCAGACAAAUUCACCCAGCAUAACUUUCAGGAGGUGAUGGAGAGUGAGGAGUUUAUGCUGCUCCCAGCCAAUCAGCUGAUUGACAUCAUCUCAAGUGACGAGCUGAAUGUGCGCAGUGAGGAGCAGGUGUUUAAUGCCGUCAUGGCCUGGGUCAAAUACAGCAUCCAAGAACGCCGGCCACAGCUCCCCCAGGUCCUCCAGCAUGUCCGUCUUCCUCUUCUGAGCCCCAAGUUCCUGGUGGGAACGGUGGGUUCAGAUCCACUAAUCAAGAGUGAUGAGGAAUGUAGGGACCUGGUGGAUGAGGCAAAGAACUAUCUUCUCCUUCCUCAAGAGCGCCCCCUCAUGCAAGGACCUCGCACCCGACCACGCAAGCCUAUCCGCUGUGGAGAAGUCCUGUUUGCUGUAGGAGGAUGGUGUAGUGGCGAUGCCAUUUCAAGUGUGGAGCGCUACGACCCCCAGACCAAUGAGUGGAGAAUGGUGGCAUCAAUGAGCAAGCGGCGUUGUGGAGUGGGUGUCAGUGUCCUGGACGAUCUGCUAUAUGCUGUUGGUGGACACGAUGGCUCGUCCUACCUGAACAGUGUGGAGAGGUAUGACCCUAAGACUAACCAGUGGAGCAGUGAUGUGGCGCCCACUAGUACAUGCAGGACCAGUGUGGGUGUAGCCGUGUUAGGCGGUUAUCUGUAUGCUGUUGGUGGGCAGGAUGGCGUCUCAUGUCUCAACAUAGUAGAAAGGUAUGACCCUAAGGAGAACAAAUGGACCCGGGUGGCCUCCAUGAGCACCCGCCGUUUAGGAGUGGCAGUAGCAGUUCUGGGAGGAUUUCUCUAUGCAGUUGGAGGCUCAGAUGGCACGUCCCCCUUAAAUACAGUGGAGAGGUAUAACCCUCAGGAGAACCGCUGGCACACGGUGGCACCUAUGGGCACACGGCGGAAACACCUGGGCUGCGCUGUCUAUCAAGACAUGAUUUACUCGGUGGGUGGCCGGGACGACACCACAGAACUGAGCAGCGCCGAGAGAUACAACCCCAGAACCAAUCAGUGGUCUCCUGUGGUCGCCAUGACGUCCAGACGGAGUGGGGUUGGUUUAGCUGUUGUGAAUGGCCAGUUGAUGGCAGUAGGGGGAUUUGAUGGCACUACCUACUUAAAAACAAUAGAAGUCUAUGACCCUGAUGCUAACACAUGGAGGCUCUAUGGUGGAAUGAACUACAGGAGAUUAGGAGGUGGGGUUGGGGUGAUUAAAAUGACUCACUGUGAAUCACAUAUAUGGUAAUACACUCCACCAUCCCUCAGCCCCCCAUAGAUGCCUCACCAUAGCUUGUGCCUCUCAUUGACACAUUGUGAUUCAUGAAUGAAAAAAGACUACAUAUGUAAGACUAUUACAUCUCAAGUCAUUGAGAUCGCUAAGCCAAGGAUAUCCAUCUGCCACUCUUGUGUGGAGCUGAUCUGUGAAGACUUUGAUCUGUAGGGCUACAGUUCAUCGUUCUUACCAUAGUACCUACCGCUAGCCAAAGGCCAGUGUCUGUUCAAGAGAUAAAACAGAGAAGCUCUGUCCCUGCAGUGCCACCCCUGUUACCAAUAGAAGCAAUGGUUGCAUUUAAGGAUACACUUCUCUGGAAGGAUCUGUACUGCCAGUCCAGUUGUUUGACUUUUGCAUCGCAUUUGAAACUCCUAAUGGUGACCUGAAGUUGGGAGAGUUGGCGUCACAGCCACCUGUUCAUAUGAAUAGUAGAUUGUCUGAAUGGUGUUUUAAUCUUACGAAUUGGAUGCACUGUGAUACUUUUUUUCUUUUUCUUCCUUUUUCUAAAAUAUUUUCCCACCUGCCAUAAUUUGGCCCCACUGAUCCAGUGAUGCAUGCUUUUUUUUGUACAGUGGUGCUCAUGGAAUUGUAGUAGAUGGGACAUACAAGCCUGUCUUUAGACACUGCAAAUUAAUGAAGUCCUCUGCAUCAGUAAGCUGUUUUGCUGUUUGCAUUUAUUCCACAGGAUGCAUCACUGAUUCAGUCUGUGCACUUUAACCCAAGACAAGUUCUUUUAGAAGGAAGUACGGUCACUGUUUUAAACACGGACAUGUCAACUUUUAAAAAGGUUAUUAUGCAUUUAGAUUGCAAGUUUCUUAAGCAGUGGACCGUAGGCAGUUUUUUGAGACAUUAAGAACAAACAGUUUUCAGUGUUGGCCUGCACACUUUGCAUCUAAAUGUUGAGACUAACUAAAUAAAAGGGAUGCAAUGCAUUUUGAUCUGUUAAACUGUCAUACUCUGCUUGUGGAAAAGGGGUUAAGGUGAUAGAACGGUUCUGUUUUAUCAUGAAAGUAUUUACAUACAAACCCAAUUCCAAAAAGUUGUUAUAUGCAAAUAAAAACAAAAACAGCAGCGAUUUGUAAAUCUACUUUGAUCUAUAUUUGAAUGACAACAGUAUUAAGAUAUGUAAUGUUUUACCUUAUCAACUUCAUUGUGGUUUUUUUUUGUUUUUUCUUAAUAUAAUUACGUGUUCAUUUUAAAAUUGAUGCCUGCAACAUGUUCCAAAAGAACUGGGGCAGGGACAAUUAAGACUAUUUUAAGACUGAAAUGUUCAAGAACAUCUUAAACAGGUGAUGUAAUAAUGCUUAGAUAUAAAAAAGGAAAGGGCUGGGCAAAGAUGUGUUAAAGCUCAGAAAAAUGCAUCCUGCAAAAUUCCAGCAGUUUAAAAAUUGCAUGGACUGCAAGGAUUUUAGGUAUUUCACUUUCUAUGCAUCAUCAAAAGAUUCAGGGAAUCCAAAGAAAUCUCUGUGUAGAAAGUACAAAGCCAAAAACCACAAAAUGAAUGCCUGUGACCUUUCAACACCUCAGAUGGCACUGCACUGAAAACCAGCAUAUUUCUCCGAUGGAUAUCACCACAUGGGCUUGGGAAUACUUUGACAAACCAUUGUCAAUAAACACUGUCUGUCGCUGUACCCACAAAUGCAAGUUAAGACUGUGCUAUGCACACUGGAAGCCAAACAUUAACAGUUUCCAGAAACGCUCUGACUUCCCUGGGCUCAGGCUCAUUUGAAAUGGAUUGAUGCAUAGUGAAACAUGUAUUGUGGUUUGACAAGUCAGUCUUUCAAAUUGUUUAUUGAAAUAAUGGACAUUGCAGGCUCUGCAUUAAAGAAGAAACAGACCAUCCAGAUUUUUACCAUAUUUGUGAAAAAGCCAUUAAUGCUUCACACAUUUUGGAGCAUGCUGUCAGAACAAAACCUUGUAUCUUCCAUUUUUCAGUUUUUGACAUAUUUGAAAAUGCCUGUUGCCCUUUACAUUGCCCAGAAUUACUUAGAAACAAGUCUGGUUACAUUGACGUUUAUUAAAAGCAAAGUGUUAUUUUCCUUCUCUUGUAAAGUUACCAUUUUGGAGGUACAAGGUUUUUCCCAACAGCAGCAAAAUGCUGCCUUUUAGACACUUUUUCAGGAACGUCCACGAUUAUUUCACUAUUAAGUGCUGUUAAAAGAAAAGAUGAUGUAAUACAGUAGUUAACAUGCUCUUGUCCCAACUUCUUUGGAAUGUGUCAUAGACAUCAAAUUAUAUUUAAACAAUUGUUGUUCAUAUGGUAAAACAAAUGUAUUUUUGUACCAUUUUCAAUUUAAUACUGGUCAAACAGAAUUUACGCAUCACUGCUUUCUGUUUCUAUGUGCAUUUCACAUACUGUCCAAACCUUUUUGGAUUUGGGUUUGUAGAUAUGAAAUAUUUUUACAGAUGUUACUGAAAUUGAAUGAAUCUUGAUGUGAGAAGGUUGAGCAUACAAUUGUCUUGGUUUUAGCCUUGUUUUAAAGGAUUUGAGGAAUGUUCACAUACAUUUCAUUUAUUUUAAUCAACAAAUAGAUGGCAAAAAUAAAACAAAGAAAUGAGACACUACUCAGCAUGUCACAGAAUAAAGUGUUGUCUUAAAAGCAAUGUUAUAUCAAACAAUUUACAGUGACUGAUUAAAAAAAAAAGUGAUUUCCCCUGUCUAAUAAUGAAAUAAUGAAUACUCAAUUACUGUCACUGCAAAUGAAUUAAGGUCUAAUUUGCCUGUAGCCUGAAGUUAACAAACACAAGAUAUGUACAUACUAUGAAAAAUAAAUGAGUAAAUGUUAACUAUAAAUGUACAUGUUAAAAGGGCAGAUGUGCAGCAUUAAAAAGUGAAAGAAUUAAACAGCAAGCGUAAAUACA